CUGCUGACUUGAUGCAUAGAGGCCAUGGGGAAGAAGCAGCAUGUAAAGUUCCCCUCACCUCAUCCAUGACGAAGAGGUUGUGUUCCCUUUGUAUGCAGAGGACUAGGCUUCCUGCACACACUAGAGAUGUCUAAGUUUCUUAGGACUUCCUGAUGCAUGCCGAAAGCUGGAUUCUGCAUCUGCACACCCAGGCUUCUAAAGUGCUUUCCCACACCAGUAUUUCCCUGGCAGCUGAAGGAGAGUUUUCCCUAAGUGAAGCUCCUCUGCCUCGUGAGAAGAUCGGCGAGAUGGCCCAAUCCAAUCCUGACAUCCACUUCAUCCGGAGUAAGCCAGGUACUCAAGCGAGGCCUUACAGCCUGUCCCUUUCCCCUGAUGACUACCACCACUACCUACCCAAACCCAAGCGUCUGCGUGCUCCCCGCCUGAUGAAACUGCUAGGCUCCUCUUAUGACCCCUUCUGGAUGUCGCUUGAGGACCCCCAAGGCCGGAACACAACCCUAGAAGAACUGGGCACCCUGAAUUGGGACCUGUCUGAACGCAGUGCCCGAUUUAGGAAGAAACUCCUGCUGGAGGCUGAAGGAUUAGAUCUUCCUCAGCUGCUGUCUUCAGAGGAUGGGCUUCCUCACAACCUGAGCCAGGCCCUGACCCACCGCCUGCAUCAGUGGCUAGUGGACAGAGCAACCUGCCAUCUGACCUCUUCCUGGGUGGACCUGGGACCCAUCUUCUGGCCACGCUGGGUGCGUCAUACCAACUGUGAUCUUAGCCGUCCCAGCUGCUCUUGGCCUCCGGGUAUGACAUGCCGGCCUGCCCAGGUGACCCACAUCAGGCUUCUAGCGUGGCAUUGCUGGACCAGAAGGGACCAGCCUCUGAGCACUGGAAAUUCCCUUCAGCAAUGUGCCUGGAGGCAAGUCCCCUACCCUGUGGUGGCUGCGUGCAAGUGUUCCUGCUGGUGAAGAUUGUGGUGGUGGUGGUGAUGGGGUGGGCGUUGCAUGGCCAGCGCUGGACCUUCAUAAAGAUUUUGCUGUCAUUUCCCAGUCAGCUGAAAUCUUCAGCUGCAUAUCUGGGACUCAGCAUGUAGAAACAGUCUACCUGUAUCUGAAACAGAGAGAAACUGUAGUGAGGGGUGGUGGAAAGUUGUUCUUUAUUCAGAUAUGUACGUGUUGCAUUCGAGAGAUCUUUACAGCAAGGACUGGAAAUCCAAGCUUUGGGAAUCAUGGUCACAUACCAGAAGAAAGCUGAGAGAGCGGAACGGUGUGCGGAACUGAGAUGCGAAGAUCUCUCUCAGGUUUACAUGUAUCAUUGAUAAGUUGACAGUAGAAACUGGAACACGUUUGCUUUGAUGUUCUGAGAAGCAGGGAGUUUUGGAAACGCAACAGAUUGUACUUGCACUGAAGCAGAAACCUGAUGUUCAUGUGAAGAAAUAAAUGGG